ACGGUCCAUUUCUUUUGAAAAAAAAAGAAAGAAACCACGAAGGGUUCCAGGCUGCAAAUGGCCGACUUUGAACGUCGCUCUAAUGGUCCUAGGGGCGGCGGAGGGGUGCGCAAGAAACGUUACAGAGAUGACGAUGACUUCGAUCGUCGCCCGCAGAGACGUCGGUACGAGGAACCCUUGGUGGUGAAGGUUCGGAGACAGCUGCUCACGAUUGCUGAGUCGGCUGCCCGUCGGCCGGAGGAUGAUGCCAAAAGCAUCGCGAAGACGGUUGCCGAACACUACGACGACGAGGAGAUCAAAAAGACAUUUAUCGACUUGACGCUUGACCUCAUCGUCGAGCAGCCGCUGAAGAUCCCUUUCCUCGCGACGAUUGCCCUGGUCGCCAAUGGCUACAAACCCGAGCUAGUCGCCGAAUUGCUCAAAGAGACGGGCGAGAAUCUGCAGCGGUACAUCGAUCUCGGGGGCUGGCGCGAGGUGAAGCUCCUUCUGCGGUUCCUGGGUUGUUUACAAUCCAUUUUCGAGGGCGAGGGCGUCUUCGCCAUCUUGGAGGAGCUCUUUGCGCGUGCUGUCGAUCUUCAGACCACCUCUUCCGAGGAUUUACUUGGUCUCGAAUUGGUGAAAGUUAUCCUUUUCACCAUCCCCUAUAUCAUGGCUUCUUCCGUGACCGGCUUUGAACCCCAAGCCUCCGCUCUCCUAGAGAAGACCGACAUCAUCGCUUCAACACCCCACACCCUAGUUGAUCUGGUGAAUCCCUUUGCCAUCAAGAAUAGCAGCGAACAGACUGUUGAAAGUGUGAUCGGCUUGCUGCAAAGGCAGCUUCAGGAUGAAUCCACUCGCGGCUGGGAACUCACAUGCAUUCCUCGUCCUUGGAAAGUUAUGCAAGAGGAAACGGCGGCUGACGAGCCUGCUCCGGCAGGCCCAGGGCCAAAAUAUUCCUUUCCUGACAUCAAAGUCCCGAGUCCUGUGCCAAAUGGACCUCGAGCACUCUUCCCGGAAGUCUACCUUUCGGUUUAUGCCAACCAGGAGAUGGAGACAGUUCCUCCAACGUCCGACAUCUCGUCAUCUCUGCUCAGGGAUGCUCUAGUUGACACGAUUAAUAUUCUUGAUUACAAUCGUAUCGCUGCAGCCAAGUUCCUGAUCGAUGUUGAUUGCUACUUUUCGCAUAAUAUCUUUGUCAAACGUGCCACGCCUUUUGACAAAUUGCGUGACAUUGCUGGUGAUCGUUCAACGUGGAAACCCGAAGAUGUGGCUGUGGACGCUGUCUUUUCCCAGUUGUUCCAGCUCCCUACACCCCAUCACAAGCUUGUUUAUCAUCACUCGGUUCUUACUGAAUGCUGUAAGAUCGCACCAGCAGCAAUUGCCCCUAGCUUGGGCCGCGCCAUCCGUUUCCUGUAUGGUAGUCUCGAGACGAUCGAUCUGGAUUUGGGCCAUCGGUUUUUGGAUUGGUUUGCUCACCAUCUGAGCAACUUUGGCUUCACCUGGAAAUGGAGUGAAUGGAUCGGCGAUCUUGAUCUGCCAGAGGUGCAUCCGAAGAUGGCUUUCAUCAUUGGGGCGCUUGACAAGGAGAUUCGUCUGAGCUUCGCUCAACGUAUCAGAGGGACUCUGCCGGAUCCUUACCACCAUUUAAUCACAGAAGGCAAGGAAAAGGACACACCUGACUUCAAAUACGCUUCUGAUGCUACGCCUUACUCGAAGGAAGGAAAAGAAAUCAUGCAAUUGAUUCGUAAGAAAGCAAUUGAUGAGGAGAUACAGCCGUUGAUCGAUGCCAUCGAGGAGCAGGCGAAGAGCUUGGGUGUUGAAGACCCGAUGCUGCCUUCCACAGACGCCUUUGUGACAUCUAUCUGCUUUGUGGGGUCUAAAUCGCUUUCCCACGUCUUGUCGUGCAUUGAGCGGAACAAGGAACGAUUGCUCGCCAUUGGACCUAAGUCUGCCAGUGCUCGCCGCCAAAUCAUCACCUCAACCAUGGAGUACUGGGCGGAUCAACCGGGCAUUGCGAUCAACAUCAUCGACAAGUUGCUGAACUACACCAUCCUCACACCGCUCUCGGUGAUCGAAUGGGCUCUCAUCGACAAUUUGGCGGCUGGUACAAUUCUCGCCAAGACGCACAUUUACGAGAUGGUCUCUGCCACCGUCGGCAAGGUGACCAACCGACUGCGCCAGAUCGUCGCCGCGCGCACACAGCCGGGCCUGUACGAGCCUCAGCUGAGCGUUCUGAAUGAGACCCUCACGCGGGAACAGGCCGACAUGCGGAGUCUCUUCAAGCUAAUCGAGGACACCAUCAUCUCCGUCGCCAGCGGCAGCAACGACGGGAUGAUGGAGAGAGGGGACAGUAGUGGCACCCUGCCCGAAGACGAAGUCAUCCGCCAGUGGGGGCAGCGCUGGCUCCGCACCUUCAGACGCAAAGCCGCCGUCGAGGAGUCCUUUAUCGCCGAGGCCAUGGCGACGGCGGCCCCCAUCGGCACCAUGGCCCCUGCCGUGUCGGAGGACCCGUCCGCCUCAACAACAACAAUGACAGAUGCCCCUGACGCACCGGCCGAUGGAGAUCUCGAUGUUGCUGACGUCGAUGGCACCCUUUGAUAAUUGGCCUGACGAAAUCACUGUGGAGCCAUGCCUUUGUAUCUUCAAAAGAAAAUCUUCUUGUCUGUCUGUAUACUGAGUCAAAACCCGUGUCAAAUUUAUAUGCUAUCUCAUUUCAUGUAUCCAUAGCCAUCAAAACAAAGAGCGAUCCAUUUAAAGGUUUUUUGCUUUCUAUUCUAUUCUAUGAGCGUGUAUGCGCAAAAUAUACUCUGUACAGGUCCUGGAACAGGGCUUGCAUUCAGCCUGUAAGAAAGAUGUUAUUAUAUACAAAUAGGGCACAAAGGCGACAGGAUUCUUCAACAGUCAAUGACUUGACUGUUCAACAGAGCAGGAAAAGUAAUGGUACAAAAAAAAAUCAAGAGUGCUGAUUAGUAAAACUAA